GCACCACAUGAAAACAUGACCACCAUUAUACUCCAGGUCUUAAACAUGGCCACAAUUACACUCCAGGUCUUAAACAUGACCACCAUUCUACUCCAAGUCUUAAACAUGACCACCAUUAUACUCCAAGUCUUAAACAUGACAGCCAUUAUACUCCAGGUCUUAAAUAUGACCACCAUUAUACCCCAGGUCUUAAACAUGACAACCAUUAUACUCCAGGUCUUAAAUAUGACCACCAUUAUACUCCAGGUCUUAAACAUGACCAACAUUAUACUCCAAGUCUAAAACAUGACCACCAUUCUACUCCAGGUCUUAAACAUGACCACCAUUAUACUCCAAGUCUUAAAACAUGACAACCAUUCUACUCCAAGUCUUAAACAUGACCACCAUUAUACUCCAAGUCUUAAACAUGACAACCAUUAUACUCCAGGUCUUAAACAUGACAACCAUUAUACUCCAGGUCUUAAAUAUGACCACCAUUAUACUCCAGGUCUUAAACAUGACCAACAUUACACUCCAAGUCUUAAACAUGACCACCAUUAUACUCCAGGUCUUACACAUGACCACCAUUAUACUCCAGGUCUUAAACAUGACCACCAUUAUAUUUCAGGUCUUAAACAUGACCAGCAUUAUACUCCAGGUCUUAAACAUGACCAGCAUUAUACUCCAGGUCUUAAACUUGACCACCAUUAUACUCCAGGUCUUAAACAUGACCAGCAUUAUACUCCAGGUCUUAAACAUGACCACCAUUAUACUCCAGGUCUUAAACAUUACCAGCAUAAUACUCCAGGUCUUAAACAUGACCACCAUUCUACUUCAGGUCUUAAACGUGACCACCAUUCUACUCCAGGUCUUAAACAUGACCACCAUUAUACUCCAGGUCUUAAACAUGACCACCAUUCUACUCCAGGUCUUAAACAUGACCACCAUUCUACUCCAGGUCUUAAACAUGACCACCAUUAUACUCCAGGUCUUAAACAUGACCAGCAUUAUACUCCAGGUCUUAAACAUGACCACCAUUCUAUUCCAGGUCUUAAACAUGACCACCAUUCUACUCCAGGUCUUAAACAUGACCACCAUUCUACUCCACGUCUUAAACAUGACCACCAUUAUACUCCAGGUUUUAAACAUGACCACCAUUAUACUCCAGGUCUUAAACAUGACCACCAUUAUACUCCAGGUUUUAAACAUGACCACCAUUAUACUCCAGGUCUUAAACAUGACCACCAUUAUACUCCACGUCUUAAACAUGACCACCAUUAUACUCCAAGUCUUAAACAUGACCACCAUUAUACUCCAGGUCUUAAACAUGACCACCAUUAUACUCCAGGUCUUAAACGUGACCACCAUUAUACUCCAGGUCUUAAACAUGACCACCAUUAUACUCCAAGUCUUAAACAUGACCACCAUUCUACUCCAGGUCUUAAACAUGACCACCAUUAUACUCCAAGUCUUAAACAUGACCACAUGUGGUGUGCAAAGUGGUGUUCAGAAUUUUAGAAUUUCAUGUUGGAUUACGGUACUCACAGCAUGACCAUUGUGACAUUUCAGCAGAAUAAGCAUGACCAUUGUGACAUUUCAACAGAAUAAGCAUGACCAUUGUGACAUUUCAACAGAAUAAGCAUGACCAUUGUGACAUUUCAACAGAAUAAGCAUGACCAUUGUGACAUUUCAGCAGAAUAAGCAUGACCAUUGUGACAUUUCAAAAGAAUAAGCAUGACCAUUGUGACAUUUCAACAGAAUAAGCAUGACCAUUGUGACAUUUUAACAGAAUAAGCAUGACCAUUGUGACAUUUCAACAGAAUAAGCAUGACCAUU